AAACCCGCUCCCACCCAAUCCAUCAUCGAGGGUACUUCUGGAAAUUUUUCUCUUCCUUCAUUCCACCUUCUUUUGUGGGUUCUACCUUUACUCUUCCAUCUCCCUCAUUUUUAUCUUCCACUUCAAUCAUGUCGGACGAAGUCUACGAGGGUGCCGUCGGCAUCGAUCUUGGCACGACUUACUCUUGCGUUGCCAACUAUGAGGGCACCAAUGUCGAAAUCAUUGCCAACGAGCAGGGUAGCUACACCACUCCCUCUUUCGUUUCUUUCACCGACAAGGAGCGUUUGAUUGGUGAGGCUGCCAAGAACCAGGCUGCUAUGAACCCUCAGAACACUAUCUUUGACAUCAAGCGUCUGAUCGGUCGGCGGUUUGAUGACCCCAUUGUCAAGAAGGAUGUCGAGUCGUGGCCUUUCAAGGUCGUUGACCAGGGUGGAAACCCCGUCGUCGAGGUUGAUUACCUUGGCGAGACCAAGACCUUCACUCCCCAGGAGAUCUCCUCCAUGGUGUUGAUGAAGAUGAAGGAGGUUGCGGAGGUGAAGCUUGGAAAGAAGGUUGAGAAGGCCGUCAUCACUGUCCCGGCCUACUUCAACGACAACCAGCGUCAGGCCACCAAGGACGCUGGUGCCAUCGCCGGUCUUAACGUCCUGCGUAUCAUCAACGAACCCACCGCCGCUGCUAUCGCGUAUGGUCUUGGUUCCGGAAAGUCUGAUAAGGAGCGUAAUGUCCUGAUCUACGAUCUUGGUGGUGGUACUUUCGAUGUUUCCCUGCUUAACAUCCAGGGCGGUGUUUUCACUGUCAAGGCUACUGCUGGUGAUACUCACCUUGGUGGUCAGGAUUUCGACACCAACCUUCUUGAGCACUUCAAGAAGGAGUUCCAGCGCAAGACUAAGAAGGAUAUGUCUGGCGACCCCCGCGCUCUUCGUCGUUUGAGAACCGCUUGCGAGCGUGCCAAGCGUACUCUGUCUAAUGCUACUCAGACCACCGUCGAGAUUGACUCUCUCUUCGAUGGCGAGGACUUCAACUCGAACAUCACUCGUGCCCGCUUUGAGGAACUCAACGCUAAGGCUUUCUCCGGUACCCUGGACCCUGUUGAGCAGGUUCUUAAGGAUUCCGGCCUUGCCAAGAACAAGGUUGACGAGAUUGUCCUGGUUGGUGGUUCGACCCGUAUCCCUCGCAUUCAGAAGCUCCUCAGUGAUUUCUUCGACGGCAAGAAGCUCGAGAAGAGCAUCAACCCCGAUGAGGCUGUUGCCUACGGUGCUGCCGUCCAGGCUGGUAUCCUUUCCGGCAAGGCCACCUCUGCCGAAACUCAGGAUCUUCUGCUCCUUGACGUUGUUCCCCUCUCUCUUGGUGUUGCCAUGGAGGGUAACAUCUUCGCCCCGGUUGUUCCCCGCGGCCAGACCGUUCCGACUAUCAAGAAGCGUACCUUCACCACCGUCGUGGACAACCAGACUACUGUGCAGUUCCCCGUCUACCAGGGUGAGCGCACCAACUGUGCCGACAACACCUCCCUGGGAGAGUUCACUCUUGCUCCCAUUCCUCCUAUGAAGGCUGGCGAGGCUGCUCUUGAGGUUGUCUUUGAGGUUGAUGUCAACGGUAUCCUCAAGGUUACUGCCACUGAGAAGUCUUCCGGCCGCACUGCCAACAUCACCAUCUCCAAUGCUGUUGGCAAGCUGUCCACCACUGAGAUUGACCAGAUGGUCGAGGAUGCUGCCAAGUUCAAGACUAGCGACGAGGCUUUCACCAAGAGAUUCGAGACCCGCCAGCAGCUUGAGUCUUACAUUUCCCGGGUUGAGGAUAUCAUUUCUGACCCUACCAUGUCCAUGAAGCUGAAGCGCGGCAACAAGGAGAAGAUUGAGUCUGCUCUGAGCGAUGCCAUGGCUCAGCUUGAGAUCGAGGACUCCACCCCUGAGGACUUGAAGAAGAAGGAGUUGGCCCUCAAGAGACUCAUUACCAAGGCUAUGGCCACCAGGUAAAGAUAAGUGCCGAUACCUACACGAAUAUAGAGUUUGAUGUCAUUGAAUGGCCGAUAUCUUUUCAUUUUGACCAUGUUCCCCCGACUUGUUUACGUAUCCCUUCUGCAUAAAAAAUCGAAUCAUUCAUGUCUUUGAAGGCGUAUACAAGACUUCUUUGUCUAAGCAUGGUCAUGUCAUGUCUCUAAUGCAAAUGCUUCCUUUAACAUUUUCAAUUCUAAAAGUCUCUUUGGAAUGAAGUCAAAAGCUUUUUAUGAUUACACGGGCCUAGGUCCCAUAUCUUACUUACACAUCAUCAACUUGCACAUCAUCGUGCCCCUUACAUAUAUGAAUAUAACUUGAAAUCUUUUUCUUCAUAGGUACUACUGGUUCCGUUUACAAUAUCAUUGCCAGG